UAUUUUAUUAACAGUAAUUUGUGGUUUUUCGUCUCAAAGUUUACUGAAUUUGAUUCUAAAAAACAGCUAAAAAUUUAUCGCCGAGGAUUACAUACAACAGAAAAGCUUGAGAAAGAUAACAAAGUAAAAGAUAGAAAUAAAAACAAAGAUAAAAUUAGAGAUAAAUCUAAAGAAGAUAAAAAACUCCCGAAAAAUCAGAUGGAAUCGGGAGAUUCAUUGAAACGAAAACGUGGUAAUGAUGAUACAGAAAAACCGAACAAAAAAAAGAUAAAUUCAGGUGUUUUGUUAACCACUCCAACUACUGUUCUAAUUACACCUCCGAGUUCUAGUAAUUCCUCCAAUGCUACAAGGUCAUAUGAUCAAAGCAGUAAUCGGUAUGUUACAAAUUAUAAUCAUCAUAGAAAUAGGAGCACACCAUAUUCUAGGAGUGAUAAUCGAGGUGAUACACGGAAUGAUAAUCGAAGGUUUUCAUCUAGUCGUGACUCGAACACCAGACGUGAAAGGUAUGACAAUAGUUACCGUAGUCGUCCUGCAUUCAGGGAAAGAGAAAGGGAGAUAGAUUCUGACAUGCGAAUGUAUGAUAAAAUUAGAUAUCAACAACAAGCCUUUGCUGCAUACGGACAAGCUGCUGCAGCUGGUUUCUAUGGUCCUGAAUUGUAUAGUCGCUCAGGAUCUGCAUCAUACAUGAGCUUACCUUAAAAAAAAAAAAAGUUAAAAAAUACAUCUGUAUAAUGGCUAUUGUUAAAAUGUUUUUUGACCAUUUAAAUUCUGUCUUGUACCAAAAUAUGUUAUUAAUUCUUAUUAUUAGGACUCAAUUACUGAACACUAAUUGUAAAUACUUUAUUUUUAUACAUAACAUUAUAUAAAUAUUUUUAGUACAAUUCUGAUGUAAAAUCAUGUAAAUAGAUUUGAUCGUUUUUUGAAUGUACAUUUUUAAUGUGUAUUUUCUUUGAAUUUCUCUUCUAUGCUGUAUAUCUUUACACAUAAAAAAUGUAAAAUAUUGUUGUUUA